AUGACUACAGUUAGGACAUUGGUCACCAUUGCAAUAAAAAGAGGGUGGGGCCUUUACCAACUGGAUGUAAAUAAUGUUUUCCUCCAUGGAGACCUGCAUGAAGAAGUAUACAUGGAGAUUCCACAGGGUUUGAUGGUAGAUGACAGUAAGCCGGCAUGCAGGCUGAGAAAAUCUUUAUAUGGUCUCAAACAGGCUAGCAGACAAUGGUAUGACAAAUUGACAGAAUCCUUAUGCUCAAAAGCUUUUCAGCAUUCAGCUAGUGACUAUUCACUCUUCUAUAAGAUGGAAGGAUCUUCAGUGGUGUUUGUAGCAAUCUAUGUAGAUGAUGAGUAUGAUUGCUUAGGUUACACUACUGUGUCAUCUCCUCUUGAUUCCACAAUCAAGUUGAAGGCUAGAGAAGGAGCCUUACUCUCAGAUCCAAUGUACUGCAGAAAAUUGGUUGGAAAGCUCAAUUUCCUCACCAACACAAGAUUGAAUAUAGCAUACAGUGUCCAACACCUGAGCCAGUUUAUGCAAGCCCCAAGGGAGCCACAUCUGAAGGCUGCUUUGCAUGUCCUAAGGUACCUGAAGCAAGACCCUACAUUGGGAAUUUUUCUGUCCAAGGAUACCAAUUAUGGGCUAAGGGCUUAUUGUGACUCAAACUGGGCAUCUUCCCCUGAUUCAAGAAAGUCGAUUAGUGGCAAUAUUGUCUUACUUGGUGAUAGCCCCAUUAGCUGGAAGUCCAAAAAGCAGAGUGCAGUAUCACUAUCCUCUGCUGAAGCAGAGUACAGGUCAAUAAGGAAAGUGGUAGGAGAAUUAGUGUGGGUAAAAAAGAUUGAUGGAGGAACUGGGAGUGAUUUGCCAUGCCUAUCCCUGUGUUUUGUGAUAGUAUGGCAGUUGUUCAAAUUGCAAGAAAUCCAGUUUUUCAUGAGAGGACUAAACACAUAUAGGUAG